AGCACAGCAGCCCAAGUUGUGGGAUCUAUGCCUUGCAAGCUUGAUACACAUUAUAGAGGCUUAAGCCAAGGCUCACUCCUUUGCCUCUUUUGUUUGGUCUGCGCAGUACUCUCAAAAUGGCUCCUCGCUGCAGCAGACACACAGAUACAAGAGCCAUCGCUAGCUGGAAUGCCACUCUCAGAUGCCGAAUAUGAGCACUUCUUUAGCAUCCUUCAUAGCCCUCGUCGAAUCCGUGCUGUUUGCUUCUUAAGAGCCAUGUAUGGCUGCCAGAAUUCCUUGAUCCGGGCACUGGACCAGUAUGAAAACCAUGGAGUCGUUCCUGAAGGGCGGGUGUGCUCUGACUUGGAAGAACAUUCAACUUUCCCAGAUUUUUGUAACCUUGCUUUUUAUCGCUGCGCCUUGAGGAAGUACUAUGUGAAGAGGGUUCCGUGCCCAGGUGACAGGAACAAAGCAAGGACAUUUUUACAGAUCAUCAGCCCCCCGACAGAACCUGAUGAGAUUGUGCAAUCAUCUAUAGAAGAAGCUUUGACUAACCUGCUCAGGGCCUCUCCUGCAGCUUCCAUGACCACCCCAGAGUUGUUUCCUGAGCUUCUCACAGCCGUGUCGCCCUCUACGACAGAUGCUGCUAAGUUCUUUUCUGAGCUUCUCCGCGCCCCUGCUGCUCUGGCUGCCACAGAGUUGGCUCCUGAGCGCCUCACUGUCACUUCUGACAAAGCUACUACAGAGCCCUUGCCUGACAUUUUAGAAGAGCUUUCCCAUGUGUCCUCUACAACCACCAUUGCAACUAAAUCCCCAUUGGAACUUAUCGAAGAGUCUUCUCUCGAGAACCUCGCCCAAAGUGUUGCCACCAUCGCAUCAGAAUCUUUGCUGGAGCCUCUUGUCACUACCUCUGACCCAACCACUGCAAAGUCCUUUACCGAGCCCCCCAUGGCCACGCCCACCUCUGCCACAGAGACCACUCCUGCAUUUCUCACCACCACUGAUGCUGUUGCCACUGCAGAGUCCAUUUCCAAGAUGACUUCUGCCCCAACCACUACAGAGCUCUUGUCUGGAGUGCUUUCAGGGUCUUCUCCUGAGCCUCCUGUAUCCACUGCUACCUCAACUGCUGCAGAACCCUUGCCUCAGCUCCUCAGCGCCUCUCCUCCAGUCUCAGCCAGUGGGAGUUUUCCUGAACCUCUCACCACCACUGUGGCAACGUCCACAGAGUCUUCUCUUCAUGUUGCCACAACUACAGAGCGCUCUUCUAAGCCUCCUAACAGCACAGUCACCACUGCUGCGGAAAGUUCUGCCACACACCCCACUACUACCACCACUGCUGCAUCAACAACUACCUCUGCCAAAGCUCUGUGCCUCUGUGUCUCCGAAUCUCCCACCUUGCCCAAAGAGGCCACCACCACCACCAAAGCGCCCAUGGCUAUCACGUCCUCCACAAUCACGACUUCUCCCCAACCGCUUGUCUCAACGCCCUCUGUUGCCCAGAAAGAGACUCCCCAGUCCAGCUCAAGCAAGCCCACUGUCAUCACCCCGACUUCCACGGAGCAGCAGAAAGCUAAGCCUGAGGAUGUGGUCGGGACCUCAACUCUGCUGCCGACUGCAACAAGCCCCGUUGUUGUCACGCAACAGGAGAAGAUCCCCAAGCCCCAAGUGUACCUUCAACCUACUGCCAGCUUGGCGGAACUCUUCUUCCGAGUGCAGGAUAGGAAAGUGGAGCAGCUGAUGCAAGCAAUGCGGGAUCUGCUGACCAAAAGGAGAAGAGAGCAGCUGCGGCCCACAUCUUCACAACCGCUGAAGACACUGACUCAUGCCAGCAGGCAGAAGACGACUAAGCAGUCGCCAAAGCUCAAGGACAGACUUCAAAGAUGA